AUGUUCGGCGAUGACUCAUCCGGGGCUUCCAAACUGGCCAAUGCGCUCGCCCGCGGGUACAUAUCCGGCAGCAAUGAGGCAGUCUCGGCCGAGGCCGGGGCGCUCGGUCCAGGCACCCGGGUCGGCUUUACGUGGGUCCCGACCAGCGUCGCCAACUUGCCCACGCCAGAUACCUCGUGCCUGUCAUCCCGCUAUCAGUGGGACGCAUCACGUGCCGUGCCCGAGCCUUACGUCGCCGUCAUGCUUGUGUACUCGCUGACCGAUCCAAAGUCGCUGGCAAGCGCCAUCGGCGUGUGGGCCGAGACCGCCCGCACCAUGUUCGCCGACCGCUCGCCGGAUCACGUGCACUUCUUCCUCGUGGCAAAUCACGACUCUUCGCCGACGCCUGUCGAUCUGAGUGGCCUGACCUCCGCCAUCGCAGCCGAGCUGGAGCCCGACUCGUCGCCACAGACUGCUGCCGACGUCGGUCGCCGCGUCCUCUGCAGGAUGAUGAUCGGAGGGGACGAUGGCGCCGGACCGUCAGGCAGCAGAGGCGCGGCUGGCGUGAGCGUGACCCGCUCGCCGGUCGGCGGCGACAUGCCGCUUGAUGUCGCACUCAGCGCGCCCAAGCCGCGCUCGGCGUGGCUCCUCGCCCGCAGGCUCCACGAGGCCGGUUACAACUACCACAUCGAGUCAGGCCAGUUCUCGGCGUUCAUCACUGCCAAGCUCAUUCGUUUCGUCCGCAAGGUAGCGGCAGUGGUGAGCGCGUUUAUUGCCGAUCCGACGCUGCCCAAGCCGCAACUACCGACGCUGCGCGCGCCGUUGCCGCAAGUCGGCAGCAUCAACCUCGACUCGCAGGCCUCCAGGACCGCCCGCCCCGCCUGCUACCCAGGCAAGCUCGGGUACAGCGACAGCGUUCUUGCGGUUCUUGAUCAAAAGUUUUCCCGCCUCGCCGACGCCGAGCUGUAUCUCAUCGAGCCCGAUGCAUGCGGGCGUGAGAGCCUCCCGCUCUACUCGCCGCUCGCUGCCGGGCUCUACGCACCGUACUUUUCGCGGAUCUCUCUUGCCAACGACUCCGACUUUCGCCAUGUGCGCGCAGUUGAAAAGGCGAUUGCCACCAAGAGCCACCGCAAGAAGAAGCUCUACAACGACGCCGAGAUGAUGGCCGCCGUCAACGACCCACCUGUUCCGCUUGAAGUCAACACCUUGGCGGUCGGCCCGCUGCCACGAGCAUGGGCCGAUCUCUCGGCUGGCGAGGCAAGUUUGUUGCGCCUCCCGCGCACCCUCACCGCCAUGCCGGCGUUUGUUACCAUGGAUGAUCUCUCAAAGCUGCGGCGUGCAGUCUCCAUCUUCACGCUCUCGCAGUCCUGGAUCCACUCGUUUGCCAAAACCGUGGACUCGGCGGUGUACAACGGGACAGUCGCCGGUGAGCAAUUCAACAACGGGACGUACAUCACCACAUUUGACCACCUUCUUGAUCCCGAGGUGUAUCCUAACCCAUUUCGGACGUACCCGUGGACGGAGCGAUUUGCCCUCGCCACGUCCGACGUGGUUGUCGAGUCGACCUGGCCCGGUGAGCCGCCGCUCGCCAUCCGCGCCCACCGAGUGGUCCUCGCGCUGCGAUCAGCGGCGUUUGCGGCUGUCGUCGAUCGCGAGGCCAUGAACGCGUCCGCGACCACUCCCCGCGAAGUAUCGUUGCAGCCGGAUCCGGCGUGCCACCACCCGUUUGUCGUUGACACUGAAGCCUGGACCGAGGCCAUGGCCGCCGACCGCGGCUUCAUCGUCGAGUACGGCACCGAUGGUCUCGCCACUCGGAUCCAGGUCCCACUUCCGGCGCGCUCACUCGGGACCUACAUCGAGUGGCUCUACGACCCGAUCAUGAUUCAGCUGAAGCGUGGGACUAUACCGUUCGACGGCAUCUAUGUCCUCCCUCUCCUCGAGGCUGCAGGCGUCUUCCACGACACCUACGCCCGCGCGCUCUUUUUACGGGCAUACACCCACCAGGAAGGCAACCUCGCCCGCGACAAGCUCUCGGCCGCCCUCGCUGACAAAAUGUAUGCGCAUCCGGAGCAUGCGUGUAGCUUCCUGGCUGAAUUGCUGAACAGAGGGUCGCUGUCGGCGCCGGCACGUCUCCUCCGCGAGUCUAACGUUGUUGCGCCGGCCGAGCGCAUCGCCCUCCUCCGUGGCGACAAGCGGCCGACACCGAUGGUGCAGGCUGUCCUCGCCGCAGUAGUCAUCUUUCCGUGGCCCAAGUACGCCGCCGUCCCACACCUGCACACAUCUGAUCCGCGAUGGGGCCACCCCGACGUCCCUGUCCAGUCGUAG